AAGUGCUGGGAUUACAGGCGUGAGCCACCGCGCCUGGCCGGUUUGAUUUCUUCUACGUGAAGUACGCAGUGGCACUAAAACAAGUUUGCAGGUGUAGAACGAAGGCAAUUCAUUACAUAAUGAUAGGCAACUAACUUAGGUUAACAUAUGACUGUUGCUAUUCGACCCAGAUGUUUGCUGUCUGCAGAGCUCAAGGAUUUUAUCACAUGCCUUAUCUAUUGCCUUCUGCUACAGUGCGCAGAAGGCUGGAAUCCUGCCUGAUUGGGAAUUUCUUACGACCUUCAUUGUGUUACAGAAACUUACAGUUAGCUAUAGAGACGAAGAAUACAAUAAUUUAUAAACUUCUUACAAAGCAGGAUACAAUCCCACAAGAGGGGGAAGGAGUCAGGGAAGUUUGCUUAUAAAAGAAAACUUUAAUUUCUGCCUUUCAUUCCUGCAUUUUUAUUUGUUUUUCUGUAGCAGGACACGCCACAGACAAAACCUCUUGGACACCAGGUUUGUGAAGGAAGUGGCUUUUUAUUCAGCUGGGAGUCUCAGCAGACUUGCAUCUCAAGAACUAGGCUCCCUGGCUAGAAAAUCCUGGCCUCUUUGAAAGCCUCACAAUCUUAGAGGCUACAUGUGAGAGGGUCGUGAUCAAUGAGCGCGAAGAGGGCGCCACCUGGAAGUUCUUCCUCCUGGGAGUUCUGGGAAACGUAUUCCAGAACUCUGUCCGGAAACAGUUGGGCCGCAGGCGCGCGAGGCUUCUGGGAAGGGUAGUUAAGGAGCUCCGGACAGGCAGAGCCACUUCCGCCCCGGAAAGCGAGGCCGCCACCAUCUUUUGGGUCCGGGAGGUGAGUCAACGUUACACCCCCAGGGCCCUUCUGAAGCUUUCCAGCCUGCGCGUGGCGCUCCCCAGCCGUCAGUCUUAGGAUGGAGAGGUUGCGGCCGCGGGCGGAGGCCGAGAGGCCAAGGGCGGAAGUUUGCUCUCAUCCCGCACUUGGCGAGCUGCGCCGCUACUUCUGUAGGAAGGAUUGAGUCAUCAGACUCCAGUGCAUGGGAAUGUUUACUGUGGCGUUUAUAAGGGAUAGAGACUCCAUCGUGCUAACUCAAGGCAUCCUUUUUUUUUUUUUUUCACCGCCUCCGAAUUCGCAAAGAGGAGGAGGGAGGGACUUCGUUCCUUCUUCCAGCAUAGCCCAGAAGGCUGUGACAUUCAAGGAUGUGGCUGUGGUCUUCUCCAGUGAGGAACUACGACUGUUGGAUCUUACACAGAGGACGUUGUACCGAGAUGUCAUGGUGGAGAACUUCAAGAACUUGGUUGCCGUGGGGCAUCUUCCCUUCCAACCAGAUAUGGUAUCCCAACUGGAAGCAGAAGAAAAGCUUUGGAUGAUGGAAGCAGAAACCCAAAGAAGUAGGUAUUCUGGCAAGAACCCUGCGGCUGUUCUUUCAGGCAGCAAGCAUCAAAAUAAGAUGGAGACUCUCCAAAAAUUUGCAUUAAAAUACCUUUCAAAUCAAGAACUGUCCUGCUGGCAGAUCUGGAAACAGGUUGCAAAUGAAUUAACCAGGUGUCUACAGGGAAAGAGUUCCCAGUUAGUACAAGGUGACUCUAUUCAGGUUUCUGAAAAUGAGAACAAUAUAAUGAACCCUAAAGGAGAUAGCUCUAUUUAUAUUGAAAAUCAGGAGUUUCUAUUUUGGAGAACCCAGCAUUCUUGUAGGAAUACGUAUCUGAGUGAGUCACAGAUUCAGAGUAGAAGUAAACAAAUUGAUGUGAAAAAUAACCUGCAUAUACAUGAAGACUUAAUGAAGAAAUCAUCAUGUCAUGAGCAUAUUAAAACUGACACAGAACCGAAACCCUGCAAAGGUAAUGAAUGUGGCAAAAUCAUUAGUGAUGGCUCCAAUCAGAAAUUACCCUUAGGAGAGAAACCCCAUCCAUGUGGUGAGUGUGGAAUGGGUUUCAGUUAUAGCCCAGGGCUUCCCCUUCAUCAGAAUGUUCACACAGGAGAAAAAUACCUCAGUCAAAGCUCACAUCUGCAAACUCAUCAGAGAAUUCACCCGGGAGAGAAACUCAAUAGAUAUUAUGGAUCUGGUGAUUGCUUCAGUAAGAGCUCUUUCCAUUUUUAUCAAUCUAAUCAUACAGGAGAGAAGUCCUAUAGAUGCGACAGCUGUGGCAAAGGAUUCAGUAGCAGCACGGGUCUUAUCAUUCAUUACAGAACUCAUACUGGAGAGAAACCCUAUAAAUGCGAGGAAUGUGGUAAAUGCUUUAGUCAAAGUUCAAAUUUUCAGUGCCAUCAGAGAGUCCAUACUGAAGAAAAACCAUACAAAUGUGAAGAGUGUGGUAAGGGCUUCGGCUGGAGUGUUAAUCUCCGUGUUCACCAGAGGGUCCACAGGGGUGAGAAACCCUAUAAAUGUGAGGAGUGUGGUAAGGGCUUCACUCAGGCUGCACAUUUUCACAUCCAUCAGAGAGUCCACACUGGGGAGAAACCCUACAAAUGUGAUGUGUGUGGUAAGGGCUUCAGCCACAAUUCACCAUUAAUAUGCCAUCGGAGAGUCCACACUGGAGAGAAGCCAUACAAAUGUGAGGCGUGUGGGAAAGGCUUUACACGUAAUACAGAUCUGCAUAUUCAUUUCAGAGUUCACACGGGAGAGAAACCCUAUAAAUGUAAGGAGUGUGGUAAGGGCUUCAGUCAGGCUUCAAAUCUUCAAGUCCAUCAGAAUGUCCACACUGGGGAAAAACGAUUCAAAUGUGAAACAUGUGGGAAGGGCUUCAGUCAGUCCUCAAAGCUUCAAACCCAUCAGAGAGUCCACACUGGAGAGAAACCAUACAGAUGUGAUGUGUGUGGUAAGGACUUCAGUUACAGUUCAAAUCUUAAACUACACCAAGUAAUUCACACGGGAGAAAAACCAUAUAAAUGUGAGGAAUGCGGAAAGGGAUUUAGUUGGAGAUCAAAUCUUCAUGCGCAUCAAAGAGUUCACUCAGGAGAGAAACCCUAUAAAUGUGAGCAAUGCGAUAAAAGCUUCAGUCAGGCCAUAGAUUUUCGGGUACAUCAGAGAGUCCAUACUGGAGAGAAGCCAUACAAAUGUGGUGUCUGUGGUAAGGGCUUCAGUCAGUCCUCUGGUCUUCAGUCCCAUCAGAGAGUCCACACGGGGGAAAAGCCAUACAAAUGUGAUGUGUGUGGAAAGGGCUUUAGAUACAGUUCCCAGUUUAUAUACCAUCAGAGAGGCCAUACUGGAGAAAAACCUUACAAAUGUGGAGAGUGUGGAAAAGGUUUUGGUAGGAGCUUGAAUCUUCGCCAUCAUCAGAGGGUCCACACAGGAGAGAAACCCCACAUAUGUGAGGAGUGUGGUAAGGCCUUCAGUCUCCCCUCAAAUCUUCGAGUCCAUCUGGGUGUUCACACCAGGGAAAAGCUCUUUAAAUGUGAAGAGUGUGGUAAAGGCUUCAGUCAGAGUGCACGUCUUCAAGCCCAUCAGAGAGUCCACACUGGAGAAAAACCAUACAAAUGUGACAUAUGUGAUAAGGACUUCCGUCACCGGUCACGUCUUACAUAUCAUCAGAAAGUCCAUAUUGGCAAAAAGCUUUAGAAAUGAGAAGUGUGUUACCAACUUCCGUCUGAAUGCACAUAUUCAAGUUUUUGGAGAGUCCAUGCUAGUGGUAAACCCUAUAAAAGUAUUGGGAGUGGAAGGGGAUCUUUCUAACAAAUCCAUCAAGAUGACAUAGAAUCAUGAACAGGAAUAGAAUUCGUAUUUAGGGGAGAAAUAGAGCUGUGGCUCUCUUGGUAAGAUCUAGUUAUUAUAAAUGAUCAUCUUUCAAUGUGAAUAUAUGCCUGAAGAUAAUGUGUGGAAGGAUAUUUGCCAUAUGCUAACUGGUUUUUUGGCCAGGGAGAGUUUUGGGUUAUUAUUCCUGUAAUUGCCAUUUUAUACUUACGGUGAUCAUUAUUUUCACUAAAAGCUGUAAAGCUUUGAAAAAUGAAUAAAAUUAUUAAAAAUUUUCUGUA